CGCGCAACAGGUGCAGGGGGUCGUGUGUGAAGUGGAAAAGUUGAUACUAGGCUACUAAAUUUGUUCAGAGGAAGUAACCCAACUAAUGUGCACACCACUCGAUGCGCCUUUUAGUUAACUAGCGCACACUUUAGGUUGAGGAACAAACUCGUUUCCUGUUAUUUCUAGUGUGAAACCCGUAUGCCAAGUAACUCCCAGUUCCUUCAGCAUUUUUUUUUAAAACAAGGUAGCGCUAAAUUAGAGGAACGAGCAAUCUUUAACAAUGACGCAUAGCACAUCGGUUCGUGCGCUCAUAGCAACACAAAACAAUUGAAGGAAAAAACGUAUGAAGUACUAUAUUCACCGUGCAUUUGGUUUUGGAACACAUAUCUUGAAGGGGCCUCUCACAAUAUCUAAAAAUUUCCGUUGCUGUUGCGGCGCGUGGAUAAGCACCUUUCGGGAGAAACGAAGUAAGCCCAACACCUCUGAAUAUGGAGAUGGAGGCCGCAGAUGCCGGUCCUGCCAGUAAUGGCCCUUGCUCUCCCACCGAGGAGCAUGCCAGAUUGCUAGUGGACCUGUCAGUGACCGUGCCCGCCAGGCAACACGACUCACCCGAUGAGCCUAUGAUCAAGCAAGAGGAAGGCACAGAAGAGGAGGGGGAGAAGAAUGGCUUGGAGGAGGCGGGUCAAAACGAGGAGGAAGCGUCUGGAUUGGAGGAGCCGAUGACUGACGGCCCCAACAACGUACCAGAUGGAGAGUCGCGGACAGUAGGGUCGUGUGACGCUGGGACUCGGCUACCCAAUGCUGGGGACGAGAGGCCCUUCCACUGCUCCCAGUGCGGCGUGUCGUUCACCCAGAAGGGCAAUCUGCUGAGACACGUGAAGCUGCACUCCGGAGAGAAGCCCUUCAAGUGCCCCUUCUGCAGCUACGCCUGCCGCAGGCGGGACGCCCUGACCGGACACCUGCGCACACACUCGGUGGGUAAACCGCACAAAUGCAACCUAUGUGGGCGGAGCUACAAACAGCGUGCGUCACUGGAGGAGCACAAGGAACGUUGCCAUAGUUACAUGCAGAGGGUCAACGCGAACUCCGCCCCCAAUUCUGGACAAUACCAAGAAGAGCCUCUGAAGGAGCAGCAGCCCCUGAUGGACGCCGUGUCCAUCGCGCCCUUCGACCGGCCGCCGGUGAUCGAGAGGCUGCAGGCCAACGUGGGGAAGAGGAAGAGCACCACGCCUCAGAAGUUUGUGGGGGAGAAGCUGAUGCGUUAUGGGUACCCUGAGCAGCCAUAUGACAUGGCCCUGAAGUAUGAGAAAGAGGCGGACCUCCUGCAGGCCCAGAUAAUGGACCCAACCAUCAGCAGCGGCGUCUCUUACCUGGGCUCCGACCCCUUGCGCCCCCUCCUCCACCACCCGGCCUUGACCUUGAUGAACCCCCUCUUCCCCCAAAACUACAGCCUGGGGCCCCGCGACGCCCCGCUCCCGCCGCCCCCUCCCCCGGAGCUGCCCCCCACCUCCAACGGCCCCCUCUCCCUGGUCCGUCCCAAAAACCACCCGGCGCGCCACGGCGAGUCGCCCGGCAACAGCCGCCCGGGUUCCGCCGGCUCCGAGCGCGCCAGCCCCCCCGGGAGGGCGGGGCAGCGCCCCAACCACGCCCCCUGGCCCGGGUCCAGCCCCCCCCGGCGCCAGAAGGAGGCGGCGGAGGCCGAGGAUCAGAAGCUGACCCGCGAGUGCUUGCGCGUGUUCAGCCGCGAGGGCAGGCAGCUCCGCACCUUCCGCUGCCACCACUGCCACCUGCUCUACCUGGACCACGUCAUGUACACCAUCCACAUGGGCUGCCACGGCUACAGGGACCCGUUCGAGUGCAACAUCUGCGGCCACCGCAGCCAGGACCGCUACGAGUUCUCCUCCCACAUCGUCCGCGGGGAGCACACCUUCCAGUAGGGGGCGCCGGCAGCCAGACUGCGCUCAGGGGGGGAGUCUCGCUCGAACCAGGCCGUCCAGAGGUCCACCUGUACGCGCAUCUGGACCUGCAUAUGGAGGCCUGGGUUCAACACAUUCCUAUUCUGCUUAAUCGUUGGAAGGCAUUAAAGCGUUGGGGGCGCGAUGGAGGUUUGCGUCAAUAAGUGAAGUCUAGUUUCCCUCCGUCCACAACAGCGUCCUCGACCCGGUGUGCCUGAAGCCAGUCGAAUGUGAACGUUAAUGAAGUCUUUCUGAUACCCCUGCCCUUCCUCUCAUCAAAAUCCAGCCUUUCUUUCUUAAUUUAUCUACCUAAGUUCUUUGCUUACUCCAAAAGCCUCAGACAUGUAAAGGGACUACAUUACGUGCUGAUUCCCAUUUAGCAUACAUGCUAAUAAUGCUCUGCUGUGUCAGUUUUUUAUACCACUCACUUGUGUGCUUGGCCCACUUCGGCUGCUACAGUUCCACCCUCCUGUGGGAAUGCUGUAUGUUUUAUCCUAGGGUUCAUAUUAAAACAUUAUAGGGCUAAUGUCUCCAAAGAAAUAUUAGUCCUUCUGUUUCAUUUAACUAGGCAAAAUCACAGGCUGUGAAAUAGGCUAUUAGGACCUGAAACAGUCUUAUGGUAUGGAGAUGAAGACUCUGUAAUGUGGAAUGAGCAUUACUAUAAGACUGACUUGUCUAUGGAAAAACACAUACUUUUUUUUUUUUUUACUUGAGACUGGUCUAAUGAGAACGUGAGGCAAGCUAGGGUUGGAUGGAGUGCGGCUAAUGAAAAUCAGCAGUUGAGUCAUUUUAAGACCCACACCCUUGCCACAGUCGGAAGACCUGCUGUUCUCUCUGUGCCACCCCAGCAUCAGAUACCAGAGGUGCCCUUCCUGUUACAGACUGCUGGUGACUGAACAGGAAACGUGUCCUUAAUUGGUCUUGGAAUUGACCUCUUUAGAUUCUCUAUUAGCGCACGAUGAAGACUGCUACUGAAUACCUGAGGCAUGUCUCACACACUGUGCCUUGUAAAUAGUAAAAAAUGGUACAAAAGCACGCACACACUGUAAAGUGCCCUAGCUACUUAUUGUUAAGGUUGCUUUUGGACUGUUACAAAAUUGAGUUUAGGGAAAUGACCUGGUGAAAUGCACCAAGAUCAAUCCUAUUUAAUUAACGUGUUGUUUUCUCUCUAUCUCUUUCUUUUCUUUUUUUAUAAAUAUGAGCAAAAUAUACACUCAGUGAGCACUUUGUUAGGUAUACCUGUACACCAGCUUGUUAAUACAAAUAUUUAAUCAGCCAAUCACAUGGCAGCAACUAAAUGCAUAAAAGAGGUUCAGUUGGUUUCUGACCAACUGUCAGAAUGGUUAAAAAGUGUGAUUGAAGUAACUUUGACCGUGGAAUGAUUGUUGGUGCCAGACAGGGUGGUUUGAGUCUCAGAGACUGCUGAUCUCCUUGGGUUUUCACACUCAACAGUCUCUAGAGUUUGCCGAGAAUGGUGCGAAAAAACUAAAACAUCCAGUGAGCAGCAGUUCUGUGGGCAGAAAUGCUUUGUUAGUGAGAGAUGAGAGGAGAAGGGCCAGACUGGUCAGAGCUGACAGAAAGGUGACAGUAAUUCAAAUAACCACGCAUUAAAACAGUGGUUUGCAGAAGAGCAUCUCUGAACACACAACGCCUCAAACCUCUAACUGGAUAAGCUACAGCAGCAGAAGUCUUAAUAUGUCUAGAAGAUAAGUCUAAUAAAUACCAAAUAAAUUGCUCAUUGAGUGUAUGUGACAUAAAACAGUUAUUUUAUUACCCAGUAGACUUUGUAUUCAUAUGGGCAGGAUCCAGAAGGAUUUGGAUUCUGAAAAAGAAAUGAAGCAUUUUUGAGAAUACUUGAAUGACUUUAUAUAUUUUGUUAUUAACUGUCAAAUUGCUUUAACUGUCAAAUGGCUUUAAAUGUUCAAAUAAAUGGUGAGAUGCCGGGUA